GAAUGCGUUAUAUUUAUAGUCUAAUGUAAUGAACUGCGCGUAUUUAGUUACGAAUCAGUAGCGAACAAAUUUAUCAAUCUAAGAAGUUAUAUAUGAUAUGAUAUAUGCAGGAGGAUAUGCAGCUAAAAUGCCUGCGAUUGACUUAAGGAAAAUGUAUUUUAGAAGGACAAUUCAAGUGUUAUAAACCUGGAUGCUACAAUUAUUAAAUGUUUUGGGAUAUAUAUAACGUUUUAUGUGGCUUAUUCUCUAAUCAGGAAGUAAUAUUUAACUUCUCAAACGGGACGUGACCAUUCUCAGUCACACUCAGGACCAUACCUUACAUACUAGAGAGUGACCAAGUAAGAUACUAGCUAUAGAUAUCACACAAGAUACUACCUAGUGACUACUAAAGAUACUACACAAUGUCCAAACAAGAUACUACCUAGUGACCACACAAGAUACUACCUUGUGACCGCACAAGAUACAACCUUGAGACCGCACAAGAUACUACCUAGUGAUUACGAAAGAUAUUACAUAGUGACCACACAAUAUACUACCUAGUGACCACACAAAAUACUACAUAGUGACCACACAAGAUACUACCUUGUGACCGCACAAGAUACUACCUAGAGACCACACAAGAUACUACCUACUGACCACAAAAGAUACUUCCUAGUGAUCACACAAGAUACUACCUAGUAACUACACAAGAUUCUAGCUAGAGACCACACAAGAUACUACCUACUGACCACACAAGAUAUUUCCUAGCUACUACACAAGAUACUACCUACUGACCACACAAGAUACUACCUAGCGAUUACACAAGAUAAUACCCAGUGACUACACUAGAGACUAGCUAGUGACCACCAGAAAUACUUGCUAGUGACCGCACAAGAUACUACCUAGUGACCGCACAAUAUACUACCUAGCGAUUACACAAGAUACUACCUAGCGAUUACACAAGAUACUACCUAGUGACUACACUAGAGAAUAGCCAGUGACCACCAGAAAUACUUGCUAGUGACCGCACAAGGGACAAAUAAGUGACCACACGAGAUUCUUACUAAUGACUACAAAAUAGAAGAACUUGUGACCAUACAAGUUUAAAGCUAGUGAUCGCACAAGAGACUACAUUGUGACCAUACAAGAAGCUUUCUAGUGACCACGCAAAAUACUUCAAACUGACCAUACAAGAGACUACCUAGUGACCACGCAAGGUACAGGCAAGUGACCGCACAAGAGACUACCUGGUGACCGUACAAUGGACUACUUUGUGACCGCACAAGCGACUACCUAGUGACCAUGCAAGGUACAGGCUAUUGACCGCACAAGAGACUUCCUAGUGACCAUGCAAGGUACAGGCUAAUGACCGCGCAAGAGACUACCUAGUGAGCACAUUAGAUACUAUAAAAGUAACUCGCUGGGUUACCAAAGCGUCUCAACCGUAUGUGAAUAUACGUUUAACAUAACUUCACAAUCUAAACUGAUAAUGGAACGUCACACUAGGCAUAAGCCAGAGACGAACAGCUUAAACUAUUUUAAAUGACCACAACUUAUCAGGUACUGAAAGUGUACGUACUUAACGCUUAACAGUGAAUGUACAAACGCUUAUAUUGGGCCUAAGCGCUUCGUCAUAACCGGAAGUGACAAUGGGUAGCGGUUGUCACGGGACGCUGGUUGGCCACCGAAAGUUGGGUGGCGACCAGGUGACGCUUCUGGUGGUGGGCUAUCUUCUCUGGGUCUCCUUUGCUCAAACAUCCGGAUUCCAAGACAAAAUGUGGACAGAUGCUCACAAUGCAUGCCGAACGACGAAUACAACCUUGCCCGAAAUGUAUCUAGGGAGCACCCCAAAGGAAAGGAUUCGACUUGUUGGGUCUACAGGGCCUCUUUGGCUGAUGGGAUUUGAAGUAGUCGGACGAGUGAAUAAUGAAGGGAGGUGGCAUGGCGUCCUUUACCUGAACUCAACAGAUAAAGCAAAUAUGCUUUGUGGGGGUGAUGUUACUGGCCAGAUAACAUAUGCUGAUGCGAAAAGAACGUGUAGCGAUAAAGCUCCGAUGUUGAGCGUAACGGCAUCCAACAUAUCGCAGACGGCGCAGGAGCGCGAUCAAUUUAACUCCAGUCUUUGGGUCGACACCAUUGACCCUGGCGAGUUUAUAAACGCUGAUGUUUCGGGUGUUCAGAUUCUCUGCUACAUUCUGACAGACACAGGGGAAAUUCAGACAGACAACUGCACAAACAGUCACCCCUUCAAAUGCGUUAACGGCAGUCUAGCGCCUGUGGUGCGGUACUUUGGGAACACAUCCCCGUUUAAGCGCUACUCUUCCCACACGACACACGGAGGAAUGGAUAAAAAUUUGCUUAUUCCGCUGGUCUGCACCGGGGUAGUUGUCCUUUUUGCUGUUGUGGUCGCCGUCUGCCGCUGUUUUUGUCGUCAGAAUAGGCAUGGAAAAAGCGGGUCACCAAAUUUGGCCGAUAACUACUCGGAAACCGCCGAUUCCGUCACGUUUAACGCGUUGAAAUCGUCGGAAGCCAACGACUACGCCACGCCAUCAGACGCGCUUUUAGGAGGCGGCCCAAAGACAGCUCGUUCCAGGUCGUCUCUGAUUGAGGGCGAAUACGAUGUUUUGCAACAGGGGAACACACAAACAGAUAAACCUAAACGAGAGGUGGCGAAAGUGAACGCUUAUAAUCACGUGACAAUUGUGCCGCCCAAUCAGGAUCGAGCGAGUGGAUCAAAGGAGGGCGAAAAUGAAUAUGACGUGUCAACCUUACAUAAACAGACGAACAUUGUUGUUGAUCCAGAAAAGGGGUCCGGAAAUGUUUAUGGUCACGUGGAUAUUAGAUAGUAUUAAGGCCAGAAAACAAUAACUGUCUGUUUCCGAUUUCAUUGCCCCCCAAAAUAAGGAUAGGUCAGGAUUUUUGUACAUUUUUUUAUUUUAAAUUGCAUGUAAAUUUGUUUCUGAAUAUCAUUACAUUACACACUUAAAACUGUUACCAUUUUGUCUAGGUAUCGUUCACUAAAGCGCUUUAUAAAAACUACACAUUUACGCGCUUUUUCGAAGCAAUGCACUAUCGAAAAGAUAAGCUAAAAAGAAGAACAAAUACACAGUCAGAAAAAAUGUACCGAUAUCAAUACAGUAAAACUUCUGUAGCUCGAAAAGGCGAUAACUCGAACAGGCGAUACUUCAAGACCUGAGGAUUGGUCGAUUACGGGGCUAAGUCCCGACCCUUCAUCCUUCUAUUUUCAUAUUAAAUAUUAUAUGCAAAAAUAAGGUCCGGCGGGAAAAGUAAAAGAAGGUCGGGAAUUCGGAAAAAACUUUUUGUAUUCAGAAAGAAAGUGUAUCUGUGAAAUGUGUGCGAUGUAAUUUUGUUAACAUUGUCUAAACAAUAUUUGUAUAAAACUAUAAACUGUUUUGAUACCUUUGAUAAAAGAGCAUUAUAUGUUUAGUUGGAGUUUUCAUCGAAAUAUUCCGGAAGAUAAAUUGGCGAAAACUGUA